AAAUGGGAGCACAUAGACAGUACUUUGAAAAUCGUCAGUCACCAUUUUCAACUUCAAGUUUCAAACGCAGACCUCAACAAUCCCCCUCCCUUUUCUUUUGAAAAUAAAUAAAUAAAUAGAACAUCAAACUUCACUUCCAUUUUCAUUUCACUCUCACUCUUCAUCUACUUCUGCAAUCACUUUUCCCUUAUUCCUCCAUUCCUUUUUCUUUCUUCCUUCUCUUUCUGUUUAAUCUGGUCCUCUGUCACUCUCCAUUAUCAAUUGCACAGGCACGCCCCUCGUAGUAUGUCCCCCACGCGUAUCCGCCAAGUCUCUACGACUCUCUGUCGCUUCAUCUCAUAGCCUUUUUCUUGUUUAUAAAAAAAAACCCAGUUGCUGUUUUCUAUAUUAGCUGCUUAGAAUGGAUGUAACUAGUGGGCCUGUCUUCUUCUUUUAAAUUGGCGGUAGAAUUUCAAAAGGAAAGCCUUUCAGAUCCUGGAGCAAUUCUUGAGCAAUACAGAGCAGAAAUGGUGGCUGAAGCUUGGAUUUUGAAGAUGGGAAACCAGGUAAGUAGCAAUCUCAAACACGCACUCCUUGUCGAACCUUACAAGAAGAAGAACACAAAAAGACUAGAAACCAAAGAGAGAGAGAUUAUUGGCAUCCUUUCUUUUGAGGUUGCUAAUGUUAUGUCCAAAACUGUGCAUCUCCAUAAAUCCCUCUCUGAUUGUGAGGUCUCCAAGCUUAAAGCUGAGAUCUUGAAAUCUGAGGGAGUUAAUAAAUUGGUUUCCUCCGAUGAAAAUUACCUUCUCCAGCUUGCUCUGGCUGAGAAGCUUGAUGACCUGAGCCGGGUAGCUAGUGUUGUUUCUAGGCUGGGCAAGAAGUGUAUUGAGCCUGCUUUACAGGGUUUUGAGCAUGUUUAUGGGGAUAUAGUUAGUGGGGUUAUUGAUGUGAAGCAAUUGGGAUUUUUAGUUAAGGAUAUGGAAGGGAUGGUUAGGAAAAUGGAGAGGUAUGUUAAUGCAACCUCUAACUUGUAUGCUGAAAUGGAGGUCUUAAAUGAAUUGGAGCAAGCUACCAAGAAGUUUCAGCAGAAUCAGCACGAGGAGAGUCGCAGAGCGUUUGAACAGAAACUCAUUUGGCAAAAGCAGGAUGUAAGGCAUCUUCAGGACAUCUCACUUUGGAACCAGACUUAUGAUAAGGUUGUUGAGUUGUUAGUUAGAACAGUGUGCACCAUUUAUGCUAGAAUUUGUGUGGUAUUUGGGGAUUCUGUGUUGAGGAUGGAGAGUUUUGGGGCUAUUGGAGGGACCGAUUCUUCCCCUCCUGUGAAAGAUGAAUGCAGGGAGGUUUCAGGUCAGAUAUUGAUUCCAGGGCCACUAAAACGUGCCGUUAGCAGGAAAAGCUGUAAUGGGAGUCAAUCAGGACCUGUUAAGAGGCCCGUGGCGGUGAAAAGGCAGACAAGUGUUAAGGCCCAGCUUGAUUCACAGAGAAAAGAAGAAGCAAUAUUUCAAACUGAAGAAAUUAUUUUUCCAUGUGGAGCUAGUCCUGGCAGGCUAUUCAUGGAUUGUCUUAGUUUGAGUAGUUCAGCUUCUAAAUUGGAUAGUGAUGAAAAUGAUGCUAUUGAUAAUGAAGACCGGGGUAGCCAAAUUUCUGGUUGUUGUGUUGGUAAUUUUUCUGGUUAUUCUAAUCGGAUCCCGGGUAUUGUCUCUUAUGGUGGAGAACAGAGACAAGCUAGGUCUGGUUUGAUGAAUUCCUGGUUCAGCCCCAAAAGUAGGUUAACAGUGCAUGCUCCACCUUCCACUGUGGGAGGUUCUGCUCUUGCCUUGCGUUAUGCAAAUGUGAUCAUAGUUAUAGAGAAGCUGCUUCGCUAUCCCCAUUUAGUUGGUGAGGAGGCCAGGGAUGAUUUGUAUCAGAUGUUACCGAUGAGCUUAAGAAUGUCUCUGAGGACUAAUCUCAAGUCUUAUGUCAAGAAUCUGGCUAUAUAUGAUGCUCCGCUUGCUCAUGAUUGGAAAGAAACUCUUGAUGGUAUUUUAAGUUGGCUUGGUCCAUUGGCACAUAACAUGAUCAGUUGGCAAAGUGAGCGUAAUUUUGAGCAGCAUCAAAUUGUUAAGCGGACAAAUGUGCUGCUGCUUCAGACAUUGUAUUUUGCUGACAGGGAAAAGACGGAAGCAGCUAUUUGUGAACUUCUUGUUGGGUUGAAUUACAUAUGUAGAUAUGAACAUCAGCAAAAUGCUUUAUUGGACUGUGCAAGUAGCUUUGAUUUUGAAGACUGCAUGCAAUGGCAAUUUCAGUGUAGAGAUGCUUUUGUUGAUUAAUCUCGUUACUGGAUAUCGAUACUUGAAGAAGUUUGUAAAGCAUUGUCGUUGACUCCUGACAGUUAUGUGAAGACACAGAUGAUAGUUCAACAGGACGAAUAUCUUAGCUUUGCACACACUGAUGACUUGUAUUAUUGAAGACCUGAGUUGAUUAAUAUACUUUUCUGCCAGGCUGUGUUUAGAACAUGACUUCUUGCCGGCUGUUAUGAAUUGGUGGCUCAGGAUUUGCACGGUUUAUGUGCCAUGCCUGAUACUACUUCGUUAUUUGAGCUAUAAAUGAUUGUAAGUAUUUUUAGGGCCUACUCAGGGAUGGAUACUUGGAUAAAAUACCUUGUACAUGGCAGAUGAUCUGCGGAGAAAACCAGAGUUGUUUUGAUGUGGUGCAGUUGGAACCAGAGGCAUGAAUUGAGAAGAGAGGCGCAAUUGGAUGUCUAAGAUGCCUUAUGGAGACAAUGGAAAGCAGACUAAGCGGAACAGUUUUUCCUCUGCUCUUGACUUUUAAAGUCUAAAGUAAAUUGUCUGCUGUAAGAUUUUCAUCCAGUCCAGACUUCCAGUAAUCCACUGUCUACUAGUAGCAUAAGAGUCUGCUUUCAAACUCCUAUUGCCGGUUGGAUUCAGUUCUCCUUGGAUGUACCGUAUAUUCAUUGCUUUUUCAGUGCCAUUGAAGAGCCCAACAAAAAAAAAAAAAAAAAA